AUGUCGUCUUCCAAAAGACAAACAAAAGUGCGUGCAGUAGAGAGCGUUGAGAAUGCGGAUUCCACAGGUCGUCAAAGACAGUUGAAACGAGACGAGGCUAUUCGCAAGAAAUUAGAGCAAGAUUUCUCGAAAAAGAAGGGAAAUUCCUCUAGAACACUCCAGAGUAAACGUGUGCCGGGUACAGUGUCUGCCCUGAGGCCAGGCCAAGCACUAACAGUCAAGGAGAAUAUGUUGGUGAUUGAAUCUGCUCAACUCAUGGCAGCCAAGCGCUGUGAUUGUGUCUUGGUCAUCAAUGAGGACGAUCAUUUAUCUGGUAUAUUUACAGCAAAGGAUAUAGCAUACAGGCUUGUUGCGGAAAAUUUAGACGCCAAAACCACACCCGUCAUUGAUAUCAUGACAAAGAAUCCCAUGUGUGUUACAUCAGAUACUUCGGCUACAGAGGCCUUGAAUCUCAUGGUGUCCAAAGGAUUUCGUCAUUUGCCCGUUUGCAAUGAAGAUGGCGACAUAUUUGGCUUAUUGGACAUUACAAAAUGCUUAUAUGGAGCUCUGGAAAAGAUGGAAAGAGCCUUUGGAUCAUCUCGAUUGUUAUACGAUGCUAUUGAAGGCGUGGAAAAGGAAUGGGCAGGCACACCAGCACAACUGACCGAGUAUAUGGAGUCGCUACGAGAGAAAAUGUCAUGUCCCAAUCUGGCUUCUGUGUUGGAUGGAACACCUCCAGCAGAAGUCAAGUACAGAACCAAUGUGAGAGACAUUGCCGUCAUGAUGAAGGAAUUGCAUACCACAGCCGUCUUGGUUCAAAAGCAUCACAACUUGGCUGGUAUCUUCACAUCAAAAGAUAUCGUACUACGUGUCAUUGCAGCAGGUUUGAAUCCUGAAAACUGCACCGUUGUCAGGGUAAUGACACCCAACCCUGAUACUGCUACUCCCGAGACGACCGUUCUGGAUGCUCUUAAAUUGAUGAAUGAGGGACACUAUUUGAAUCUCCCAGUUCUUGAUAGUGGCAUUGUUACUGGCAUGGUAGAUGUAUUAAAGUUGACGUACGUUACAUUAGAGCAGAUGAGUGGCAUGGAAGGCAAGGAAGGAGAAGGACCAAUGUGGGGACGCUUCUGGGACAGUUUUGGCGCUGUGGAUCAUACUGAAAGCUCGUCGCAACUAUCAGAUACAUCAUCUCACCAACGCACACGAUCACAUCUUUCCAACACGAUAUCACCUCAACCAUCCACAUCACUUUCACAAUUAAAAAGCUACUCUGACAUAUCACCAAAUGAAUCUGCCAGCAUGGUGAAUCAAUCGUCCUCUGUCAUGGAAGCAACGAGUGACACCUUUACAUUCAAGUUUACCUCUGCAGGACAAAAGACACACCGUGUGGUAUGCAGACCUUUGUACAGUGAUCUACUGGAGGCAGUUCGGGUUAAAUUGCUGCCAGAACACGGUGACGAUGUGGGAGAAGAGGAAUGGCUUAGCAUAUCUUAUGUGGAUGAUGAGCAAGACAAGGUGUUGAUUUCUAGUGAUUCCGAUAUAGUAGACGCUGUACAGUUGGCAUUGAAAUUAGAGCAAUCCAAUGUCAAGUUGAUUGUUCAUGACCAGCAAUUAACAGCAGCAGCAGCAGCAGCAGCAUCAGCAUCAGUAGUGCCACCCACAUCAAUUGUACCUUCUAGAUUAGAAAUGAUUGAUGUCGAAGAUGAGGCAGACGUUCAUACUGUCAAUGUACAGCCAAAUGCAAGCAAGCCAAAAAGCACCAAAAAAUCAGCACCAGCACCAGCUGCAAAGAGCAACUUGCUAUUGCAUGCUGCCAUUGGCUUCCUGGGUGUCGUUGUUGUAGGCGUAUUUAUAUUUUCAAAGGCUCAAAAAGACAAACAUUAA